AUGUCCAAGUGUAUUAAAAAUAUGUUUCCAUCAAAGGUGGACCUUACAAAAGACGAAUGCAGAGGCGUUCUAAGACGUUUAGAACUUGAAGCUUAUUCUAGUGUUGUGAGUACAUUUAGAGCACAAGGGUGUUUGGACAGUAGCAAACAAGGCGUAUUAGACCAAUUAAGAAGGUGUUUUCAUAUCUCAGAAGAUCGCCACAAAGCCGAAGUUCGUAGAGUUGCAAAUAAUGAAAAAUUAACAACAAUAUCGGAACUUAUAAAUGGCAAAACGUUUGAUUUAGAAUGGACAAGAGAAGGACAUCGUUCAUAUCCAUUAAUAAGUCGAGCGCCUGCAUACACAGCACUUCAUAUGCUUGCAGAUCAUGCGUCUAAGUUUGCAUCACAAGAAAACUUUGAACUUCCAGAACCAGCUGAUACUAAACGUGAAAGAAAUUUAGAUGUAGAAAUCACAGGAAAGCCAAUAAUGCUUGAUGAUCCAACAAAACCGUCAACAACAACCCCAGCUAUAUUUGGCAUUAGCAGAAAAGAUUUAAAACGAAGCAUAGAUUUAGUGACAUUACAUCCACACACAAAGAAGAAACAUUAUCAUCAUCUUAAACCACCGCCUGCUCCGAAUAUGAAAAUACAGCAUUUAUAUCAGACCCUCAACACGAAGCGUUCACGAAAAACAUUCACAAAGAAAUCAAAAACAAAAAACUCAAAGCAAUCUCCAAAUCGUAUGCAAUAUUCAUAUCCUACAUCGAUGUCAUCUUCAGACGAGAAGCAUUUUGAUGAAUUGCAGAGACAUUUAACAGCACAAUUGAUGCCACCACCACCCUUAAAAUUGACCUUUAAUCAACAACCAUUACCGAUAAAUAAGAAGGAAAUGAAUCUACUCAAAAUGAAUCAUCAGUCGCUAGAACCACAGCCACAUUAUAUACCGAACAAUCGAUUAAAAAAUGAAUUAUUACCAGAACAGCAUGUUGCACCAACAGGAUCUUCUCGACGAUCAAAAAGCAUGAAUGUGCCAUCCAAAAGCAAUUACAACUCAAAAUAUUCAGCAAAUGGUGCGGGCUCAAGAGUUAAUAGUGGUAAUAACAACAAUAUGGAUCACAUACCAGACCCACAAAUCAUAUUUAAUACAAUGUCAUCAACGAAUAUGAAUAUGAAUAUGAAUAUAAAAAUGGAACCGUCGUCAGUUGUCGUUGAGUCAAUGCCUAUCGAGAACAGUGAUAAUGAAUUAACUCCAUCAAUGACCUCACCUCUUCAACUUUUAUCGACGGCAGCUAGUUGUACUCCAAAAUUAAAAGUCACAUCACCAGUUAAUAAUCCGCAAACUAUUACACAGCCAUCCACAUCAUGUGUCGCACAACUGCCAUCUUUGUCAACAUCCACACCGAAUUCAUCAUUAAAAGUCAUUCAGAAUCGUGCUAUUAAAAUUAUUCCGGCAAGUACAAAACCAAUUAUUAAUAAGCCUCAAAAUUCUGAGGCUGUAAAAACGUCAUCCUCAUCAUUAUCAUCACAGCAAUCCCCACAAACAAUAGUGUCACAAACGACGACAACGCCAUCAAAAUUCAAAAUUCAGAAAAUACAACUUGUCAUGAAUAAAAAUCAAGAUGGAAGUACAACAGCAAAUAUAUCGCCAUCAGCAACAAUUGUGAGUGGAAAGGCGGGACAAUUGGUAUUGAGUGGAAAAUCAAUAACAAAUACUUAUCAAGUUGGAACUAAAUCACCGUACACGAUUUUAAGUAGCGGAACAAAAGUUGUUGGCAAUGGACCUAAAGUUAUUGUUCAAACAAUCGAUCGGACUUUUGCGCAGCAACAACAAAAGGAUUCACAAUCAACAGACACAAUGACAAGCAAUGAAAGAAUACCUGAGAAUCAAAGGAUCACAGAAAGUACUCCAAUUGAUUUCCUACCAGUUUCAACAACCUCCGUUCCUGCAACAAGUUUUCCAAAAGUUAUUAUACAAAAGUCAGUGACGACACCGAAGCAAAUAAAGCUGAAAUUAGGACCUGGAAGCAUUGUUAAUUCGAAAAUUCUUAAAGGUCCAUUACCCAGUAAUUUAAAGAUCCAGAGGAAUAUUAAUACGAAAGGAUUCACUGUUGUAAAUACAUCGCAAAUUGUUCAAAUUCAAUCAACACCAACACAAAUAACAACCCCAACAACAUUAACAACCAUUGAGAGUACAAAACUUAGUAAGGAGACGACAGAUUGGGAACAAGAGCUAGAUGAUGCGAAUAGGACGAAAGAGCACAAAGAACGCUUUUCUGAUAGUAAUGGAAGUAGUGGAACGGUUGCAAAGAAGCUACGUUUAGAUGAUUCUUCUGAGAGCAUACAGGAAAUUGUACAAAAUAGCAAUGAAAAUAUUAUUAUUGAAACUUCCGAAAUCGAAACUAGUUCGAAUAUUAUUUAUGCUGAAAAUAUACCGCAAGUAGAUGCAGAGAAACAGGAAGCGACAACACCAGAUAUCUCAGAAUUCGUUUAUAUCCAAACAGACGAGGAUAUGAAAUCACAACAGUCAGAUAGUCAAGUUGAAGAAAUAAUCAAUGGCGAUGAUGAUAGUACAAAACUAAAUGGACAAUUUGAGGAAAUUCAAAUGCAAGAAGAGGAGAUAAGGACGCAUAAUGGUGCAGAAGCAUAUGAAAAUUUAGUAAAGAGUCUUGAGGCUGAUUGUGAGAGUGAAUAUAUAAAGGAGUUGGCCGAUGAUUCACAAAUCGAAGAGAAUUAUGGAUUCAUUGACGGUAAUAUCUUAGAUUCAUCAAAUGCAUUCACGCGGGAAUCAGAGAGAUUAUAUCAAUAG